UUCACGUUUACUUUUCAUUCCUUGUUUUGAAUAAAAACCCACAAAUGUCUCUAUCGUUUUCAUGUGUUUCUAAGAUGGUAUGUUGUGAGUAGUUAUGCAUUCGAAGACCUUGUGGAAGACCUUGUGGAAUAUGACCCUAUGAUUAUAACUUCAACUUUGCAAAUCAGUAAACUCAACUGUAUUGCUGGUGGAAGACCGUAUAUUGAUGAUGACUUGGAGAAGGUUGGACUGCUGAUAAUAUAAGGAGAUAGUAGAAAAAACAAGGUAUAAAUAGUAGGGUUGUAAUAGUAUAGUAGUGGAUCUCGUCAACUUGUAAAGAGUCUCUUAUUGUUUUUGACGCACGUUUUAAUGAGAUACAUUUAAUUCAUCAAAAAAUAAAAAGUUCUCAUGUGACUAAAUGAAAUGAAAAAAGGAGAAUAAAUAAAAGGAAAAGGAAAAUAUGUGGCUUUUGGAGAUUAAGUAAAAUAGAUAUAAUGUAUCAAUAUGAUUAAAGAAAUAAAAAAAGAGAAAGAAAAUAGUGUAAUAUUUAUAUAUGUGGUCUCUUGAUAAAAUACCACUGAGGUUGAUAAUAAUUAUGGAAAAUUCUUAUUGGGGUCGUUUGGAUUAAGAAUUCAGCUAAUGAGCGAUUUGGCUCGGUUCACAAUCACUCAAUUAAAAACCUCAGUAUUUUAAACCCAGGUUUUGGUUAAAUCUUUUGUUUGUUUAUGGAUGAGAGAUUUAUUGUUAGAGAAUUUAACAACAAUUCUAGAAAUUACAAAUACACUCUUCACCGAAUUUAGCUGACCUUCACCGGCUUCUUCACUCUGCAGUUGCUUUCUCCGAUCUCCCUCACGCCACUCCCAUUGAAAGUCUUCGUCUUCCCCAAACAAAUUAGAGUUGCAUCAGCCAACUUCAAAUCGGGAGGACCUCCGUCGUCUCUUUCUCCACCUUCCUCGUAUAACCUCCAACUGCGCUCCGUUGUCUCCGGCUCGUCUUGUUCGAAUCACCGACCACCAUCCCGUUUCUCUGUUCUGGCUAAAGUAUUAGUUGUUUCUACGAUCUCGUUUCUGGGCUUGACGAUUUCCUCGAUUUCUCUGCACUUUUCUGUUCUCCAAACAGUUCCAUGAAAAUGUUGCAUAGAUCUAGAGAAAAAACAAACGAAACCCAUGGUGAUUCAAAAGAAGAAAAACAGAAGAGAGAACCCACAAAAGAGAAACCCAGAAAAGCUAUGUACUACCAAUUCCUUCGCUAACCCCUAACCCCUCAAUUCCUUCCCUAACCCCUCAAAUCGAGCAACACAAUCGGGCACCGUAGGAACCCUAGAUAGGAACCAGACUCCAGAAGGUGAAGGUGACGAACCUGGUAUCUUGUUGUAGUAGACCCGUCUGUUGAGGAAGUUCGAGUGAGCUCGCUCACUCUCGCUUUCUUCACCGUUAAGAGGCACAGUGCGUCCUCCUCUAGCCGAGAUCUACAACUUCUUUCUAUCUGGACUGUAGGUUUGGGGAGAGGCUUCUCACGGAUGGGAAGAAUGAGAGUUAUGUCUGUAGAAUUAUGGUUAAGGGUAUACAAGGAAUAACAAAAAAUAGCAGGGACACGUUUGGAAGAAACCCAAAACUUAAGGUUAGAUUUUAAAAUUUUGGCUCUGCUGUAGCUUUUGCAGAAGCAGCUUCUGGUUGGAGUUUUUAGAUAAGUACUUUUCAAAAAAAGCAGUUGAGUGUUUGGCUGUAAAAUGACUAUAAAUGAUUUAUAAUAUAACAUAUGAAUAAAAAUUAUAAACAAUAAAAAGUAGUCAAAAUGGAUCUUGUUAGAUUUCUUUUAUAUUAAAUAAUAUGAUUUUAUAAUUUAUUUUAUUUUUCAAAUGAUAUAAAUAAAGGAAACUUAUAUUUUCUGAAAUAAAAUUAAAAUAUGGUAAGGAUAAUCUUGUAUUUUUAAAAAGCUCCAAAUCGGAGCUUAUGCUUUUAUGUUAUAAAAAAGCGCUUUUCAGCUUUUUAAAAACCGAAUUUAAAAAGUGUUUGGUCCAGUUUCAACUUUUGAAACCAAAAAGUACAUCUAAAAGCUCGGUCAAAUAUAGAGAAUAUUUGGGACAGCUAUUUUCAAUUCCGGAUUGAGCGGAAUUUUAAAUUUCCGGUGGCCCAAAUCUAUGUUAUUUUUAGAGCAAUCCAAACGUGGGAAUUAAUCAAAUCUCUGCCCCCACUUUUCUUGAUCCAAACUACCGAUUAAUACAUAAUAUUAACACUCUGGAAUUCAUCAUGGCUUGACGAGCGGGAAAGGCGGCGACAUAGUUCCACGAAGCGAAUGGGCGGCGGCGGCGAGGAUUUCGGGGAGGAGAAGGAUGUGACGAGCGAGGUGCAUCUUGGGUGUCCAUCUAAUUCCUCUGGCCUUCAUGUUACGCAUUUCACAAUCACAAUCCCAAUCCCGACCGGUGUUGACUGCUGCAGAUGUAGCGGUCUGUUCAAAAGAAGAGAGCAAGUUCCCAUGGAUAAGCCUUUGUACGUAGAUGAUGAUGGUGAUCUUGUUUUGACCAGACGUAGCAGCUAUCAGGAUGGCGGGAAUGUUAAACUCGCUAUCCAGCAUAUUAUCACGUCAUCAAUACGGGGUGUUGGUUUACAGGUUUGGAAGGCUGAGCUAGUAUUGUCAGACUUCGUGCUGCAUAAAAUGCUUUUUUCGUCGGAAUUCGAUGGGAUUAUUUCGUUAGAACUUGGAGCUGGGACAGGACUCGUAGGUAUGCUGGUUGGACACGUGGCUAAAACAGUUUUCCUGACAGAUCGUGGUCAUAAAAUCCUAGCUAAUUGUGGAAGGAAUGUUCAUCUUAAUCGCAACGUGUUGCAGUAUAAAGGUUCAAUCAAUGUACGCGAACUCGAUUGGACAAAUUCCUGGCCCCCCAUUGUGAGACCGAGAAAUGAUUCCUUACAUGAAAGGGUUUGGUGGACCUCAUCCGAAGUUGAAGAAGCUGAGAAUGCUUCUAUCCUUCUAGCAGCAGAUGUAAUAUACAGUGAUGAUCUGACUGAUGCUCUUUUUGGCUUGCUGGAGACACUGAUGUCAUUGGGUUCAGAGAAGGUUUUAUACUUGGCCUUGGAGAAGCGCUACAAUUUCAGCCUCAGUGACCUUGAUAUCGUGGCGAAUGGCUACUCUCAUUUCCGGAGUUUUGUAAGGAGCGAAGAAGAAUGUAAGGAGGAACUUGAGUCCUGCUCUCCAUUUGUGGGCAGAUGCAUCGACCUGUCCCGAAUUCCAAAGUACAUCCGGGAGUACGAGAGAGGAAAUGAUUUAGAGCUGUGGGAAAUUAAAUAUGAUAAACAGACACAUAAAUCGCCCCGCUCUCAGAACUCUCAGCUCGAGUUUUCUUGAAUUCAUGCAAAUGCAUGCAGUUGGUAAGGUUCCUGAGUUGCUCUGUUGGCCUUGAACUGCCGUGAAUCUGACAGUCUCUUCAUGAAACAACAGGAAAAAUUCUAAGAGGGAGCACAUCUUUGGGUGGAGGGCCGGUGCUAAAGGCACUUUAAAACCUCUGCAAAAGAAGGGAAAAUGGCAGAAACUGGGGAAAAGAAAGCAAAAGAAGAAAGUGCUGAAAAGGAAAUGAAAAGAAAAGGGGACUUAUUAGCUGUGGCCUGUGGGGAGCAGAGCCUAGCCAAGACAAAAGGGACAUAGCUUCUAACCCAUUAUUCUUGGUUUGUCCAUUUUGGUUGUUCAAGUCUAUGUUGCUCAAAUGGGUCCUCCUCAGCCAGCUGCAAUUGUGUUUUACAGGUUUGAGUUUAGGCCCAACAUGCUCAUUUUCUAUAUGAAUAUAAUGCAGUUUGUCAAUAAAAACAUCCUACAAUAGAUACUAAGUAGUUUGAAAUGAAGAAGGUAGAAGAAGAAUCAUGAAAGUUGCAGCAAGGCAAAGAAAACAUGUGCGGGUAAAUAUCGUCCUAAUUUUAUUAUAACCGUCCUAAUUUAAAAGUGCAAAUUACUAGACUCAGAGAUUGUCCUUCGUCAACUAAAAAAACCCUCCAAAUUCGAAGACCUCUUCCCAUUUUUUCUUUGUCGUGUCCAUCCUUUUUCCUCUUUUUCCAAGCCACCAUCACUGAAAUACGAGCAGAAUCGUAGCCAUUCUUUUGCUUUCAGGUUUACUAGAUCUGCCUUGUGAAAUAAGUUUCCGGGUAGCUAUCAUCAUCAUAUGAAUAACAAAGCUAAAAAAGAGAGAUUCUCGAAGAACAAGUUUGACUGACCUUCAUUUUAAAUACUACCCACUCUUUAUCCUUUUCUAGGUUUUUGCUAAUCAUGUUGGAUUAGGUAAGUGUCCGUGGAUGCUGAUUCAUCAUUUAUGUGAUGGCCUGUAAAAUCAUCAAAAACCCUGGUUGUAUCAUUGUAUCACGAUAUCUUAUUAUCAUAUCAUAUAUGUCGUGAUACGAUUAUAAGAUCAGAUUUUACAGAUUGGAGUUUUGUACCCUAUUUGCUCACAAUAAAUAAUGUGUAUAUGUUUAAAUGGUUGAAUUGUGAGUUGCAUGAUCGAACAAUAAUUCUUUUUUCAUUCAACAUAUGAGUUGAAUUGCAUUUUCUAUCUUUUUCAUGUAUAUGUUUAAAUGGUUGAAUUGUGAGUUGCAUGAUCGAACAAUAAUUCUUUUUUCAUUCAACAUAUGAGUUGAAUGGCUUUUUCUAUCUUUUUCAUCCAAGUUUUAGCGCUAGUCGGAUAGAUUGUAUGACUAGACAUUUCUGAUUAGUCUACCCCACUAUUAUGCUUAGGGGUGGAAGUUGGGCGGGUGUGGUUACCUGCCCAUAUUUUGCGGGUACCUGCACCUAUAAAUUUGAAAUUAUGCU